UUAUCCGUUUAUUUCAAACUAGCAUUAAAACACACACUCGGGCUUUAACAUGUCUUUUUCCAGAGCCCCGUUGAAAAGGUUCAACGAGAACGUUGGUUGUGCUCCUCCGCCGGGGACCUAUGAGAUUAAACCCGGGGACCUGAAGGGAGCUGUGUCUUUCGAGAAGUCGGAUCGGUUCAGAACUGCAAAGGCGGUCCCUGGGGUUCUCCUGCCACCGCCAUCGCCCACCAGAAAUCUCCUGCAGUCACCUUUCCGCAGGACUAUGUCUGUGGAUGGUCUUUCUGAAGGGUCAAGUGUGAAGAAAGAGAAGAACGGCUUCUCCAUGGAGCUGAAACAGCAGAAGCUCCUGGAGAAAGAGAUCAGGUCCCUGGUUCAGCAGCGAGGGGAGCAGGACCGCACGCUGCUGGGCCUGGAGGACGAGCUGAAGAAGGUGCAGGCCAAGCUGCUGGCCAUGGUCAGGGAGAGGACGGGCCUCUCUGCCAGUGUCACUACGCUUGAAAGACAGCGAGCUGAGCUCAAGAAAGUCAAUGAGUUUCUAAAGAACAAGGUUUCUGCUGACACUACAAAGAAAAGAAUAAAUUCACUAACAAUGGAUUUGAUGGAGGCCAGGGACGCUCUGGAUGUGAAAAGUGAGGAGCUUAGUGUCCUGCAGAUUAACACUGAGGGUCAACUGAUGGUGCUGGAAACGGACCUUUCAGCUGCCAAGGCUUCUGUUACAGCUCUCAAGGACAAAAACAGAGACCUGGAGGACCUCCAUCAAGUAACAAAAGUUCUAAAUGAAGAGCUGGAGACUGAGAAUGCUAGGUUACAUGCUGUGAUACUGGAGUUGAAGGAGGAGGUCCGAGCCCUGCAGGGAUACCUGGAUGCUGCAAAUGACCAGAUCCAGGAUCUUCGCUUAACGCUUAAAGAAAAGACACAGGAGAAUACUGUCGCAGGUUCCCAUAUGGAGGAGGCAAAGCAACUAGAAACCAAACUGGAGCAGCGUGCAACUGAGCUUGAAACCACUCAGGAUUUGCUGAGACACAAAGAGGAGGAGGCCCGGGUAUUCCAGCAAGAGCUGAAGGCGUCAAAGGAUGCUUUACGGGAGGUCGAGAAGAGACUGGAGAACCAGCAGCAGGAGUUCAAGGCUGCGCAAAAGUCAGUGGGCGACAUGCAGGAGCAAAUAAAACUUGCCAACCAAGAAGUUCACGACUCUCAAGCAACAGUUCGGCAGCAGGAGGCAGAGCUCGCCAGACUGAGGGAGGUGCUCAGGCGGACGGAGAAGGAGCUGGAUGAGAGAGUGGCUCAUCUUGAACAGCGGUGUCUCUACUCGGAGGAAGAGAGAAGCAAGACUCAGGAGGAAGGGCUGAGGAGGGUGCAGGAGUUAAAGACAGAGCUGAGCUUGCUACAGGAGGUUGAGAAAAAGAAACAAAUUCAGCUUCUGCAGGAACAUGGUGCUCUAACUGAGGAACUGACAAAAGAAAAGGCACUUGUAGACUCCCUGUCUGUGCUGCUGGAGCAGGAGCGGGAGGAGUCGGAGGAGCGGUUGAGACAGUUGAAGGAGGAGAUGGAGGAGUUGCUGGGAGAACUUGCUCUCUUGGAGGAGCAGGAUCAGAGUAGGCUGGAGGUGGCAGAGAAAAGUCAGGAGGCCCUCCAGAAGCUACAGGACGAAAACAGUGAGCUGGAGAGACAACUGAGUGAUACCAGGGCACUGCAGGAGAGUAAGAGCUAUGAUGUGGCAGCUUUGAAAGAGGAGCAUUUAGCUGCAAUGCGACAACUCCAGGAAGCGCACACAAUCUCGCUGAGCAGGAUGGGAGACAUUGUCACAGAGCUUGAAAGCACCAAAAACGCUCUGAGGGAGGAAGAGGACAGACAGAAAGAACUAGAAGAGGAGGUGGAGAGAGUGACCCAGAAGAUGAAGGAGGAGAUGGACAAAGUGGUUAAAGAGAAGGAAGAGGAGAUCAAGAGAGUGAAGGAGGGGCUGGAGGAGAGACAGUUAGUUGAAGAAAAUGCCAGGGCGGAGAAUGCAAGAAUGUUGCUGGAGGUGCAGACUCAGCUGGCACAGAGAGCUGAGGAGAUAAAGGCCAUGGAGUCGAAUCAUGCAGACCUGAUCAGUCAGCUGCAGCAGGAGCUCCAGCUGCAGACAAAGGAGAGAGAAGAAGCUCUGGGGCAGCUCGAGGAACAGAGAGGUCAAAGUGUUACUCGGCUCCAAAAUGAGAAGGGAAAGGCACAGAGACUACUUGAGGAGGUCAGCCUGGCGAAAAAGGAAAUAAUGGAUCAGCUCCAACGAGAAAGAGAAAAGGGAGCUAAAACUCAGACAGCCCGUCAGGAGAAUAUGGGAACACUGGAGGUUGAAAGGAAAGACCACCAGCAGGUCAGGUCAGAAGUGCUCAGACUACAGGCAGAGCUAGAGAGAGCAGACAAGGAAAAGGAGAGUCUUCUGUCUCAAGUUCAGCUCAAAGAGCAGUCCAGGCUCGUUCUUGAAAAUCAACUACACGUGGCCGAGCAGGACAGAAAUGGGCUUCAGUCUCGCCUGGAUGAUGUCAAACAAGAGUACGUGAGCUCCCAGACCCAAUUAGAUCUCACGGAGGCCCUGCGGUGCGAGCUGGAAGAACAGCGACAAGACAGACGGGCACUGCAGGGGCAGGUGGAAUUACUUUCUCAGGAGAAGGUGACACUGCAGUGGGAGAUGGAGGAGCAGCGACACGAACUACAAAGAAAAAUAACUGAAGUGCAACAGGAGAGCUCCCCGAGAUCAGAGACAGAAAACUGGAAGGAACAAUACGAAGAGCUGUUUGCAAAAGUCAGGCCAUUCCAGGAGCAGCUCAACGCAUUUGCAGCAGAGCGAAAUGCACUGCUCAAUGAGAACGGGGUUAACCAGGAGGAGUUUAACAAAUUGUCUGACGCGUACGUUCGCCUGAUGGGCCACCAUAACCAGAAGCAGAAGAUCAAACAUGUGAUGAAGCUGAAAGAGGAGAACAUCUCCCUUAAACAGGAGGUGUCUAAGCUCCGCUCCCUGGUGUGGCGGCAGAAGAGUGAUCUGGAGCAGCUGAAGUCAAAGCUGCCCGGUGCGCCUAGCAGGUUUGAUCCCUGCAAAGCUUUCCAACACGACAAGGAGAACAGGCAUACUGAAGCCAAUGAACCUCUUAAAGAAGGGAAUCAUUAGGAGUAAUGGAGCUCAAGAACUGGGAACUAAUUGGCUGACAAGUGUUAAUUUCUAAGGUUUGGACUUUUGAAUACUUAACCAACCGCCUAACGAGUGUUUUCUGCAUUCCCACGUCGAUGCUUUACAGCUUUUUGUACUCAGUUUGUUACAUAAUGAGCCUGAGGAUUUAUCCGUUUAGAUUAUAAAAAGAAAUGUGAGUAUGGAAGCAGUGUGCGAAAAUAAUGAGGAGAUAGAUGAAGUCUGUAGUGCUUAGAAAAAGCAUUGUUGGCAUAAAACUGUAAAAUGCAUUUUGGAAUUUUAUCUUUGUAACUUUUUUUUUUGAAAUCUUAUAG